AUGGCUCAUCUCGUCUCGUUGAACAUCGCGUCUCUUCAUCGCGCAAGCGGCGCUGAAAUUAACAAUGCCAAAUUCUCAAAUACCACAUAUCAUUAUGACAAAGCUCUGGUCAAGUCAGAGGAGCCUAUAAUACCAGAUCCACAACUCUUCCAACCUUCGUCACACACAACCAAUACUAACCGACGUGAUCUCCCCACCAUCAGCGAAUGCGCCGUCCACCUCGAGCUGCUGGAAGUGUUCCAUGCUCUACGAGACAGGGUCCAGCAAUCCAGAGAUCUGGACAAUACCUUCGGCAUCACACCUAAUACAAGAACAGUCUACCGCAAGCAGUAUUCUUCAAAACUACGUAAAUAUGAGUCCUAUACAGUCACGGUGAAGGACACCCAGUUUGAAACGAGGCGAAAGAACAAAUGGCACUAUUUUCUGGAGCUCGCAGUCGGCCGAUUCAGCAGAUGGAUCCGGACCGUUAAUAGGGUGGCCUUCUCUGGUGCUGAUUCACAGAAUGAGAGCGAGCCAUCAGGGUUGGGUCUAUUACCCCCUGUCGACGUGCUUAUGGUGUGGCAUGCCUUCUUGCUGAAUCCCGAUGACUUCGACUUCUACUGUGUUAAACAUAGGUUGGAACGGAUGCGCAAAGCUCCCCUUCCAUGGCAGCGAAUCUACGAGGCAAUAAACUCACGAGACUGGUCAUACCGUCUCCCCGAGACCCACAAGGAGUGGCUAGAAAAAAAGGCAGACUUUAAACCCGACCUCUUCGAGACGCUCGUUGAACUCGGCAAACGCGAAAGCCACGCUAAGCAUGUCCUCUCUCAAUACGGAUCUGGCUCAAAGACGAGUUCAUUCUCACUAUUGAAAUAUGUAGAUACUCCGUCUAAUUAUGCUUUCGUUGAGAUGGUUCAAGCCACGAGAGCCGAAGCUCUCAGGAACAAGCCCUUGAAGGCAAAUGUCGAACGACAGUUCAAGUUUGUAGAGAAGAUGCACGAUCAUCUCUGGAUCCGCAGCCCGGCAGUUGAUGGGACGCUUCGUCGUGCCAUUGACCGCUACGAGAAAUUCCUGCAAUUGUUUCGUGAUUACCCAAAGACGACUCUGGUGCCGACGCUAGACGUUGACCUGGCUUGGCAUACGCAUCUGUGUAAUCCGGAGCAGUACCGAACGAGUUCGGUUGAACGUGCUGGAUUGAUGGUCAACCAUGAUGACAAGUUGGGGAAGUCGUUCUUGCAUACUCGGUUUGAUAAGACGCAUGAGUUGUUCCAGAUCGCCUUCGGGCAGCAAUAUCAUGUCUGUCUUUGUUGGGAUUGUGAGGCUGUUUCAUCUGCGAUGGAAGCUUUUGUGGCAAACGAUGACAUGGAUAUUAUAGAUGAUGUUAGUUGCGAUGCUGACAGCAUCGUGAAGAAGGUGGAAGAUGAUGUGCGUUAUUAUAGGGCGGUUGAGAUCGCGAGACGGAAGGGAAUAGCUCUUCCGGUACGAUCAUAA